AUGAAUUAUUACUUUGCUCGUUACAAUCCUGAGUUCUUACAGAAAACACGCAGAUCUCCUAAUGUUUGGCUCUGCAAAGCUUUGAAGGCUGGAAUUAUUUUCAUCAACUUAUCUUUCUCUAAACCUCACUUCAGAUUUCACGUGCUGUGUUAUGUUUACAGUGUUCGUGUGCUACUUUGGAAUGAGUCUCAGCAGCAUCAUUCUGUUAAGGGAGCUUCGUAUUGCGAAAUUAAUAAGGAAGAUGAAGAACUUGCAGGAUUGGAGAAAGACUUAAUUGUAUCGUUGCUGCACGUGCAGUCAUAUGUUUAUGACUUUCAUUUACGCAUGAUAGGAAAGUAUCUUGUAGGUGGGACGGAGGUAGAUAUUUCAUGGUGUUUUCGACUUACCGAAAAAAAAGCUUUUAUUUUAAAAAUUGUUUUCUGUCAAAAUUUGAAUUUCUUGCAACAAGUAAUGCUUUCGUUUUUUUUUAAUCACUUGGUGUUUUGAAC